CUUUUUUUCUCCAAUCUUUCGGUUUCUCAUUUUUUGCUGAUGCAUCAUUAUAUUAGCCAGUUGAAUCAUUCCCUCUGUUUCUUUUUCACAAGAUCUCCCUUCUUUUCCAUCAAUUCUCUAUAAAACCAAAAUGACUUCUUCGCUUCCCAUUCACACUCUAAGCUCGCAAAGCAAACGCUCAUUGUUCGACAUGUCCUUGUGUUCCCCGUCCUCUUCUGCGUCGUCAUUAUUUCACAAAAACAAAAUCAACACAAGUAAGCAAUCGUUAUCAUGGCAAAUGGUUCCCCCUUUUGAAGCAUCGAGUCAAACCCAUUUUUCGCUAGGUCACUUUUCCAUGGUAUCUGCCCAAGGUUAUGGUUCCAUUUCUUCUGCAAGUGAUUACGGCUCAUCUUCUUCUUCACAAUGUGAAAAGCCAUGGCCAAUUAAAAACGUAUACGACAGAGAUGAGGAAGAAGAAGAAGAGGAAGAAGAUUAUUACCUUUCAUGGACACACGAGUUACUGCGCCAACGUGGUUACCGACCUGUAUCCUGUAACUUUAAAGAAGAUGAUGAAAAAAAUGAGGAUGAUUUGAGCGAUGCGCUAAGUUCCAGUGACGAAGACUGCAGCUCAGAUAGUAGUAUGGAUGACGAAAGUGAAGAUGACGAAAUGCAAUUGCCAACAGCAAAGCAGCAUCUAAUCCGAAGGGAUUAUUACUCACAAGCACCCAGCCCACCUGCGACGCCACUAUAUUCGUCUUCUGCGGAUAACGCACAACCAAAGUCUUUUCUGUCAUCCUUUCUCCCCUGUUUUGCCUGAUCAGUUUAAAAAGAGUAACAUAGCAUGCUUAACAUUGUAUAUAAAAAGCUGCAAUAUUAUAUUUACUUCAGUGCGACAUGUUUAGAAUAGAAAUGCAUCUUGCUUUCCCGAAAUGUCCUACAAAUAAUACAUGGUUUAUUUUGGAAGGAAGACUUUCCUUAUUCUUU